UCACUCGACGGAUAUCCAACAGAGAGUAGUGAGAAGAAAGUGUCUAAUCCCUGCAAGCCCCUUGCGUCUGCCGUGCGUUAUCGGCGAUGGCAAGGAUCAACUUGGUGUUUACCUGUGUUCUCCUGUGUUUAUGUUAUCAAGAAAUAUCAUCGGAAAAUUGCGAGCCUCCAGAAUGGUUUCAGUGUAAGAAUAGCAGAUGUGUUUCCGCAUUUUUCCGUUGCAACGGUGACAACGACUGCGGUGACUUCUCCGACGAGCGAGACUGUUCAGAAGUCUCAGAGUCGUCGACAACUCCUCGGCCGAAUCAAUGCAGCCCCAGUGAAUUCAGAUGCAAAAAUGGCAACUGUAUUCCCCUGGAGAAAUUCUGCAAUAACAUCGAUGACUGCUACGAUAACAGUGACGAAUACACAGACUGCACAACGAAUAAAACAUGUACUGCGAAUCAAUUCCGCUGCUUCGACGGCUACUGCACGGAGGAGCGAUGGGUGUGCGACGGCCAGACAGACUGUCCAGACCACUCGGACGAAUACAAUUGUCAGCCGCACGCCCCCGAGAACUGCACCCUCUCCUCCGGUUUCUACAAAUGCAACAACAACCGCUGCAUCCCCCUGAACUCGACGUGCAGCGCGUUCAACGAGUGCGGCGACAACUCGGACGAGCACGGCACCGUCUGCAGCAUCGCCGAGGAGCAGUGCAAGACCGCCAACUGCAGUCACAGUUGUCAGCCAACGCCCCGAGGUCCGGUGUGCACCUGUCCGCCAGGGCACCGCCUGCUGAACGCCACCUGCGCGGACGUGAACGAGUGCCUGGAGGAUCCCCAGCUGUGCGACCAGCACUGCAUAAACGAGCCCGGCACCUACUCCUGCCUCUGCGACAUAGCCUACGACCUCCAAGACGACCAGCGCACCUGCAAGGUCUCGAAGGACCGCGGGGACGCCCUCCUGGUGUUCUCCUCGAAGACCGAAAUCCGCGGUUUCUACCUCUCCGCCAAAGAAUUCUACUUCUCCAUCGCCAGGAAUCUGAAGCACGUGGUGGCGGUCUCCCUGGACGCUACCUACAUCUACUGGUCGGACAUAAAAAUGGGGAACGAAGCCAUCUUCCGGGCGUUCGAGGACGGCCAGAGAGCCGAAGUGAUCGUGACCGCCGGUCUGGGAAUCCCCGAGGAAAUUGCUGUCGACUGGAUAACGGGGAACAUCUACUUUACCGACAGCCUUUACAAGCGUAUAGGCGUCUGCACGAACUCGGGCUCGCACUGCGCAAUCAUCAUAACUGAGGACACAGACAAGCCCCGAGGGCUCGCCCUGCACCCAGCGACUGGCGAGAUGUACUGGAGCGACUGGGGAGUGAAUCCCCACAUAUCGAGAGCGGAGAUGAAUGGAAACACACGAUUGCCGAUGGUCACUGAGGGCCUUGGCUGGCCCAACGGCCUCACCAUCGACUAUCCCAACUCGAGGCUCUACUGGGUAGACGCCAAGAUGGGGAUCAUUGAGUCCAUUAAUCUGGAUGGGACUGACAGACGAACUGUCCUGCGCACUGUCGCCACUCAUCCGUUCUCCAUAGCCGUCUUCGAGGACAGACUCUUCUGGAGCGACUGGAAGACGAAGAGCAUUCAUCACUGCAACAAGUUCACUGGCAAGGGGGAGAAGACUCUCCUCCAAGAGGUCGACGAGAUUUACGGAAUCCACAUAUACCACUCUGUUCUCAAGCCGGAGCUUCACAAUCCCUGCAAUGGGAAUCGGUGCGAGGGCUUGUGCUUGCUGGCUGCCGAUCACAGCUACACGUGUGCCUGCACUCCUGAUAAAGCACUGGGAAUCGACGGCAAGAGCUGUGAGCGGCUCAAGGACGGCAAGCAUGAGCACUUGGUCAUCGCUGCUGGGAAAUUCUUCAUCGAUUACUACCACCAGAUUCUCGGCAAGCCUGAGAUCGAUGCACACUACACGUUCCAGGAGAUUGGCAGCGCCACUUACGAUUCCAUUCUGGAGGCGGUUGUGGUCGUCGACCAGAAGUCCCAGACCGUCAAGAGGUUCAACGCCUCUUCCAGGGAGUACGACGGACUCUUCGAGGUUUCUCAUGAAGUCAUCGGGGGACUGGCGUUCGAUCACUUGGGGAAUAAUCUCUACUGGUCUGACAUCGAGCGCAAAACCAUCAUCGUCAGGAGUCUGUCGACCUCCAGCGAGACCCUCCUUCAUUUUCCCGAACAGCCGACAACCGUUCUGCUGAUACCAGAGCUCGCCACGAUGUACGUCGCCUUCUGCUCAGUCGCCAAGUGUCAUAUUGACAGAAUGUCGAUGACAGGAGGUGGCAGGACGCAGAUUGUGGACUACCUCCAAGGGCCCCGGGUCUCUCUGGCAUUCGACCGUGAAACGAGGAGAGUCUUCUGGGCGGAUCAGGGAACAGGAGCUAUCGAGAGCAUCUCUUUGGACGGAUACAACAGAAAACUCCUGCAUUCCGCUCUGGUAGAACCCGUCAGCCUGGCGAUCCUCGACGACGAGGUCUUCUGGACGGUGAAGAACAGCACGCGUCUCUUCUGGUCCAGCAAGUACUCGAUCAUCACCAGGAACAAGGGGCUGACAUUGGACAUUCCGUCCGCCAUCGACAUCAUGCACCUCGUCACCACGAGUGCACCUCAGCCGUCAUCAGGGAGCUCUCACAGAUGUCAGGAGGGCAACGGCGGAUGCUCCCACGUGUGCCUGGUGGACGCUCCGCUGACGGCCGUCUGCAGGUGCCCAGUGGGGAUGACCCUGAGUAGCGACAGGAAGAGCUGCGUCGUCGAGGCCGACUGUUCGUCUGGGGAAUUCAAAUGCUCCGACAACUCCUGCAUCGAUACCAGCAGUUUGUGCGACGGGAUUGACGACUGCCAUGACGGAGGGGACGAGGAGAACUGCACGUCCUCAAAGCCCUGCGCUCCCGACGAGUUCCAGUGCAGAGACUCCUCAAGAUGCAUUCCCCCGUACAAGAUCUGCGACGGAGUCGCCCAGUGUUUCGACUCCUCGGACGAAGCCAACUGCGCAGACAGGACCUGCGAGCUCCUGGAGUUCAGGUGUCCCUCGGGUCGCUGCAUCCCAGGCGCGUGGGAGUGCGACGGCGAGGAGGACUGCGUCGACGGGGCCGACGAGGGUGACAAGUGCACCAGGAGGUCGUGUCCCAAAUCAAUGUUCACGUGUGAGAAUCAGAAGUGCAUCGACGCGGAGCUCAUCUGCAAUGCUGUCGACGACUGCGAGGACUCGAGCGACGAGUUGAACUGCCGGAGGGAGUCCUUCAGGUCGUCAGUAAAUUGCGGCAUCAGCGAGUACACGUGUGCGGGCAGCGGCCAAUGCAUUCCGAUGGACAAGAGGUGCGACGGAGAGAUGGAUUGCCCCAAGAACGAUGACGAGCAUCAUUGCAGUCAUUGCGGGGGCGAUGAGUUUGCCUGUGGAAACCUCAGGUGCAUCCCGAAGCACUGGGUGUGCGAUGAUCAGGAUGACUGUGGGGAUGACUCAGACGAGAAGGGCUGCGAUGUUCAUAGACACUGGGGGGGACUCGAGGUCACGAAGAAUGACGCCCCCUGCCCUGAGUUCAAGUGCAACGCCAGCGGGAGGUGUCUCAGGUGGGAGUACGUCUGCGAUGGAAUGAAUGACUGCUUCGACGGCUCUGACGAGGGGGAGGGCUGCACCACUAGCUGCUCGAGGGACAAUCUCUGCGAACAGCUGUGUCAGAGGAGCCCGGGGGGAGCCGUCUGCUGGUGCAGGGAGGGCUUCACACUUGGGGAGGAUGGCGAGAGCUGCGAGGACGUUGACGAGUGCAGGAACAACGUCUGCGCCCAGGUGUGUCGUAAUGAAAUCGGCUCGUACGAGUGCGCCUGCUUCCCCGGGUAUGUCCUGAGGUCGGACAGGAGCACCUGCAAGGUCAUCAAUGGCUCGGUGGAGUUUAUAACGGCGACGAGGGACGACAUCAGGCGAAUACCUGCGUCUUUGGAUGUCAUCGAAGUGGUGCACAAGCAGCCGCAGGUGCAGGUCACUGGACUCGAUGUUAAUGUGCGGAAGGCCUCGUUGUACUGGAGCUCAGAACUGCUGGGGAGCAUUCACGAGUUCAAUCUGGGAACCAGGGAGCACAGGAGAAUUGCGAACAUCGGGAGGCCGAGGGUGCUGGCGGUCGACUGGAUCACUGAUAAUGUUUACUACUUUGAUAGUGAGAAGCCCAAGGCCAUCAAGGUCUGCAACGUCAAUGAGACCAAGUGCGCUGUCAUCGUACAGCUGGAGGAUCCUGGGAACGUCUUGUCGAUGGCUGUUGAUCCCGUGAAUGGACUUGUUUUCUGGGCGCAGACGAAUUUUGCCGAUUUCGAUAGACCGACUAGCGAAAUUUGGAGGGCUGAGCUCAGUGGGGAGAACUCGGUGAACAUUGCGAGGGAGGGGCUGGGGGUCGUCUCGGGGAUCACCGUUGAUCAUGGGAGGGGGAUGAUCUACUGGGUUGAUGCGGCUCUGCAGGUGGUCGAGAGGGCGACACUCGAGGGAAAGGAGAGGGAAGUCUUCAUUAAGGAUCAGGUGCAUCAGCCUGUGGAGAUUAAUGUGUUUGAGGACGCUGUUUAUUGGCUGGUUGGGACGUCUGGGGUCAUGAAGAAGUGCUUGUUGACGGGGGAGAGGAGGUGCGUGCAGGUCCCGGUGAAGAGCAGUAAUGUGGAGGGACUCUUUGUUAUUUCGCAUGAGUCCAGGCAACCCAUUGGCAUCAACCAUUGCGAGGAUCACAGUUGCGAUUAUAUGUGUGUGCAGAGUCAGGGGAUUCCCCGGUGCAUUUGUCACGAUGGCUCGGAACAAGAUGCAGACAGCGCAUGCCCACAUUCCGACAUUUCGGACGUCAGGUUUGAUUCUAAUUCACUUCUUCUCAAGAAACACGAGGGCUUCGGGAAGACUGAACGCCAGGCCGGACCACUCACUGGCAUCGUCAUCACAAUUAUUCUCGGGGUUGUCGUGCUAUCUGCUUAUUGGUAUUAUCAGAAGCACAAGAUGGAACUCCGUAACAAGUACGAUCUGAGCAUUCACUUUCAAAAUCCAUCAUUCGGGAAUACCCCAGGAGUAACCAGUGAUUACGUAUUGCCGAUAAUUCCCCCGGGCGAGCAUGAGUACGAAAAUCCAUUGAAUAUUCACACGAAAUUACAUCCAGCAUCAGUAGCAAAAAACAACUCCAAGCAAUCCCUGGAGCUGAUGAAUUGCGAUCAUUCCGAUGGUGAAUUUAUCAACGAUGAUACUGAAUACAAAACACGUUUGAUCAAGCCGUAAAAUUGAUUAUUCGGGGUGUUUUUGGAGUUCAAUUGCCAAGGGGCUUUAGUUGUAAACUUGAAAUUGUGAUAAUGUGGGGUAUUACACCUGCGUAAUAAUGAACGAUCAAGUCAUUAGGUGAGGAUAAUGCGUGCCGUUAUUUUGGGUAAUUGUGAAGUUAUUGGAGGGUGUGGCUAAUGUUAUUUUAUUUAGGUAUUAGCUGUAAAGUGUUGUAAUUAUUAUUGGAGGAUUACAGGUUUAGUCGAGAGAUAUUUUUUGUAGGUCAUUUAAUUUUCUAUAAAAAUGUUUAUUGACAUUUUUAUUAUGGAUCUAGUUUUCAAGAUAUUUGAAGAUUAAUCUGAAGUACUUAUUUUGGAUUAAUUAAAAGAAAAAACGAUCGGCUUCGUGAUAAUUUAUUGGAUAAUGGGUUUUUGGAAAACAUUUAAUACGACAUUUUUUGUGAGAAAUUUUAUUUUAAUAGUUUCUGAAGGUUUUAAAGAUUAAUAUACAACUUCCUUUAAAUCAAAAGAUAUAAAAAAUGGAAAUAAAUUUCUCACAAAAAACGUCGUCGGACAUUUUUCGCCAAGAUCAUUCAUGGGAAGAUUACCAAUAAAUAAUUUUAAAAGAUAAUGAAUAAAUUUACAACUCAUAGAUUCAGAGGCAAGAGAUCGAACCGCAAAAAUCCUGCAAAUAUUAUCAUAUCUGUUAAUCAUAAUUCUAUGUCAUCAUUAUCCACUAGAUGUUGUUCUGUAAAUAUUGAAUUAUUUAUGCUAAAUAAGGCAGAAGUGAAUGUAACAGCGAAUUUUAGGUUCACAGUCCAAAGAUCGAAAUCACCGAACUUUUGACAGAACCGGUUUGUAAUUUGCCUAUGUAUUAUUUUUUAGUCACUGUCACAUCUCAUUUGUGUCCUCAAUGGAUUCGUCAACAGGGAAUUUACACGUCUUAAAAUUUAUGGCAUUGUCCUUAUGCGUCAUUCUGUGCAUAACUAAAAUUCAUCACGUACGCAUGUGAAUUGUAUUUGAGAGAAAUAUAUUUUUACUCGAAUGUUA